AUGGUCGGAGACAUGGAGGCCCAGCAGCAGGAGCUACAGCAGAUUCUGAACCCGCAGAAACUCAAGUCUCUGCAGGAAUGGAUGCAGAGGAACUCCAUCACUUUAACCCAGGUCAACGGGCAGAGGAAAUAUGGUGGUCCUCCUCCAGGUUGGCAGGGUCCUGCUCCUGGUUCGGGCUGUGAGGUUUUCAUCAGUCAGAUCCCAAACGACGUGUACGAGGACCGCCUGAUCCCUCUCUUCCAGAGCGUUGGCACCAUUUACGAGUUUCGCCUUAUGAUGAACUUCAGCGGGCAGACCCGGGGCUUCGCCUAUGCUAAGUACGGUGACCCCCUUACAGCCUCUGCAGCAGUCACCACGCUGCAUCAGUACCGGCUACUGGAGGGGGGCUGCCUGACGGUGCGCAGGAGCACAGAGAAGCGCCAGCUGCGUUUGGGGGAUCUGCCUGUCAGCAUGAAUGAAUCGAAGCUGCUGAUGGUGCUCCAGAUGCUCUCUGACGGUGUAGAGGACGUCCUGCUCAAGCCACCGGGGCCCAAGGGGAAAGAGGUUGUGGCUCUAGUCAACUACACGUCCCAUUACGCUGCAUCCAUGGCUAAGAAAGUGCUUGUGGAAGCUUUUCGGAACCGGUACGGCAUUUCCAUCACUGUCAGAUGGACUUCCUUCUCCAAGUCCAAGCGCGUCGAGGACACUCCACAAGAAGACAGCUGCAUAACCCCACUUGUCCUGAAGCCGCUUUCUAAACCAUCACUCCUGCAUUAUGAUGUCCCAGCGCACCAGUCUCUACUGCCCCUCUUCCGGGCCGUUGGGGGUCCGACCACCACUGGUUCGAGAGAUGAGAUGGUUUCUCAACCUACCAUAAUGUCAAGAAAUGAGCUGAUUCCUCAAUCCUCCAUAAGGCAGAGAGAUGAGAUGGUACCUCAGCUGCCCAUAAGGCAGAGAGACGGGAUGGUUCCUCUAUCCCCCACAAGCCUCGACGCCGUGUCUCAUCUGCAGUGGAUGUGCGAGGUCAACAGACUCGGCUCUCCGCAAUAUGAAGUCCACUUUCAUCACGCGGCUCCUGACGGAUUCCUCUACUUCGCCUUCAAAGUGCUGAUCCCCGGGCUGCCGCUGCCCCUGUAUGGCUUCGUCCAGAUCCUGCCAGGCACCAGUGCUCGAGCCAUGAAGGGUGAAGUCUACCGAGCCGCCGCUGAGCAGGUGAUCCAAACCUUGUGCAGAGUCUCAAAUUUACGACCUUUCUAA